CCGAGCCGGCAGCGGGCCGCCUCAGGCAGCCCCGCCGGGCCGCCCGGUUCCAAGCAGCGGAGAGGAUGGCGCUGAAGCGGAUCCAGAAGGAACUGACCGACUUGCAGAGGGAUCCUCCUGCCCAGUGUUCCGCAGGACCUGUGGGUGAUGAUUUGUUCCACUGGCAGGCCACCAUCAUGGGCCCGAAUGACAGUCCUUACCAAGGAGGUGUUUUCUUCCUGACCAUCCACUUUCCUACGGAUUACCCUUUCAAGCCCCCAAAGGUUGCUUUCACAACAAAAAUCUAUCACCCCAAUAUCAACAGCAAUGGCAGCAUCUGCCUGGACAUCCUGCGGUCACAGUGGUCUCCAGCACUAACUGUGUCCAAAGUUCUCUUGUCCAUCUGCUCCCUGCUCUGCGACCCCAACCCUGAUGACCCUCUGGUGCCAGAAAUAGCCCACACCUACAAGGCCGACAGAGAGAAGUACAACAGACUAGCAAGAGAGUGGACACAGAAAUAUGCUAUGUAAGUGCCUCGGAGGUUUCGUGGGAGACAUUGUUCAAGAGAAGCUGGCCAGGCAAAGAGGUCUUCCUGUGAAGCUCUGAGCUGUCAGCUAAGCCACCGACAGAGUGCCACCCGUUCUUCACACAUAUGUGGGCCACCCACUUUCUUUGGCUGCAGCAUGUUGGUGCCAUUCUCAGCCAUGGUGGCUUUGACAAUGUCACAUCUUUGAUGCCUAAUCAGCAACCAUUGUAACUAUGAUCCACAACCUUUCUGGUUACACUGGAAUGGGUCGGUCUGCCCUAACUCAUCUGCUCGUCUCUGGGAGGCCAGUCCCUGCACGCCUCCCCUGCCUGGCCUCAAAUGGUGCUGCUGCUCACUAUGGCACCACAUGGUGGCCUAGCCUGGCCCCUCACUACAUGCCCUUUGCCUUUAGAACUCAGUGUUGUCCUGGGUGCCCAGGACAGAGUGGGCUUCCUUGCAUCCUGUCUGCUGCAGAA